AUGUCCCAAUCUCUCCGUCCCUACCUUCAAUGCGUGCGCUCCUCUCUAACAGCCGCCCUAUCCCUCUCGAACUUUGCGUCGCAAGCUUCGGAGAGGCACAAUGUACCCGAGAUCGAAGCCGCGAGCUCUCCGGAGCUUCUAUUAAACCCCUUGACUGUGUCCCGAAAUGAGCACGAGAAGGUCCUUAUUGAGCCGAGCGUCAACAGCGUGCGAAUUAGCAUAAAGAUAAAACAAGCCGACGAGAUCGAGAAUAUAUUAGUACACAAGUUCACGCGCUUCUUGACCCAGCGAGCUGAGCCUUUCUUUAUCCUGCGGAGAAAGCCGGUGAAGGGCCAUGAUAUCUCAUUCCUGAUCACAAACUUUCACACCGAAGAGAUGUUGAAGCAUAAGCUAGUCGACUUCAUCAUUCAGUUUAUGGAGGAGGUCGACAAGGAGAUUUCGGAGAUGAAGCUUUUCCUGAAUGCGAGAGCUCGUUUUGUGGCAGAGUCUUUUCUUACACCGGCACUCUUGAAAUUUGAUAGAGGGGAGUGUUUAAGGCUGUCCUCUUUGUGA